CUUUGCUGCUCUUAGGAAUAGUACAGCACUGUGUUGCACUUAGAGUCACUGCAGUUGUGCUGGCUGAGACCAUGAUAUGUUCUUUAAGGCUUCAUGGAGCAUUCCUUGCGCCUCACCCAGUUGAUAGUGUUAUCCUAGAGGGCUAUUAGUGGCAGAGCUGAUUUUGUUUCUUUAAAUGAAUGAUGCCAAUGGGAAUGGCAUGUUAGGCAGGGCAGCUGCAAGCUCGUCCUGAAACACAACCACCCUUGGAAACCCUAUCCCUACCCCACUGACCCAUGCAGGCUGACUUCAUACUGUUGACUGACCAUGCCGGUUGCGUCAAUGCCUGAAAUGUUACUGCUUCCUGGCAGCAGGGUGGAUCCUGUCGGUGUGACUGAUAACGUGUUACUCGAAGCAGGGGAAAAGCUGCAUUUACACAUCUUAGCCAUGGCUGACAACACAGGCCUGUUAGUUGUGAGGUGAAAGAAUCCUCACUCAGGAUGUCCCUGCAAAGCAUGCUUCCAAAUGCUAUGCUCUGGAACUUUUAGGCAAUAUAAUCUCCUCUUCACAACAGAUAAAGCUGAGUCCCAGCCGCUCACUAUCUUUAGCUCUGUCCCUUGCACUUACAAAUGUGCUCUGGUGCUAUACCUCAAGCCUCUAGGUCUGAAAUGCUCUGCCCAUGGAGAGGCUGUGUUGCAGAGCCCAUUGCUGGAAAAUAACAUUCUAUGGAACUGCCUCUCUUCUGCUGAAAUUCUGGCACCGCUGCCUGUUGCGGCAGGAGAAGGAGAAAACCUUUCUCCUUUUUUGUUCUGUGUGAGGGUCACUCGCUUUUAAGAGCACAGAGCAGUGCUGAGCCCUGCAGAUGCCUGGAGUUCUCAGUGAUAAAGCCCGUUGCUCUGCCUCUCCUUUCCCCUCACUGCACUGGACUUAUCUGGGUGCCUGAGUUAUGUUAAGUGGCGGGUGCGUGCCUGUUCUCCAUUCCCCUUGCUGCUUUUGCUCCUUGGAUUUCAAUUCCAAACAUGGUUAUCCCUCUGGGGUCCCUCUCCUCGCCGCUGCCAAGUGAUAGACGUACCAAAUCCAACCCUGCCCUCCCUGCCGCUCUCUCGCGGGCUCAUUUUCACUGCCAGAGGGCUGGCGACAGGAGCGCUGCAACCAGAUCUCUAACUGGGCUCAGAGUUUUCCAGCUAAUGGCCUCUGCUUUCUCUUUGCCUGAGUUUUUUCAGCUUCUGUUUUGCCAGAUCUGCUUUUCUUUGGUGCGGCUAGGGAGAGGGCCAGCCUGAUUUGUGAGCCACAAAGAGGAAAAGUGAGCUCUUUGGGGAUUUUUUGGUAGUGCAAACAUCUGGCAGAGCUUUAACAUGUUGCUGUGAAGUGCACUGCUGAGGGACCGGCCGGCACUGAGGAGUAGGAGGAGGAACAGCCACCCAGCAGCUCUGCUUUCAGACCUCUGCACUCUUUGCAUAUGACAAUUGCUUUUUAACUCCAGCCAGCCGGGGCAGGAUGAGCACCAGCAGCCCCUCCUGGGACCAAGCUGUCCUCCAGCCUCCUGCCUGCAAUGCCUGGAAGGAGCACAUGGAGGGAGCGGCCUACCAUCUGGCCAGCUGUAUCGUCCUCCUAGGCUACAUGGGUGGCAGCGGCAUCUUUGGGUCCCUCUACAUUUUUGGCCUCCUGGCCCCGGGCUACUUCUGCUAUGCUCUGUGGGGCUGGCUGAGCGCCUGUGGCCUUGACAUCUUAGUCUGGAAUGUGCUGCUCGUCCUCACCUGCGUGCUGCAGCUGGCUCACCUGGCUUACCGACUCCGCAGAGACACCGUCCCCGAAGAGUUUGAGCUUCUCUACAAGGCCAUGUACCUGCCCUUGCAGGUGCCCCUGGAAGUCUACAGAGAAAUUGUGAAGUGCUGUGAAGAGCAAGUGCAAUCAUUAGUCCGAGACCAGAAUUACGCAGUGGAGGGCAAGACGCCCAUCGACCGGCUCUCCUUGCUGCUGUCUGGCAGGGUCCGUGUGAGCCAGGAUGGGCAGUUCCUCCACUACAUCUUUCCAUACCAGUUCCUGGACUCUCCAGAAUGGGAGUCACUACGGCCUUCCGAGGAAGGAACCUUCCAGGUCACACUGACAGCUGAAACUGACUGCAGCUACAUCACCUGGCCGAGGCGGCGGCUGUACCUCCUCCUGAGGAAGGACCGCUACAUUGCCCGCCUCUUCUCCUCCCACUUGGGCUAUGACAUCUCAGAGAAGCUCUACUCCCUCAAUGAGAAGCUCUUCGCCAAGUUUGGUCUCCGCUUUGACAUCCGCUUGCCCAGCCUCUACCAUGUCCUGGGCCCGGCCUCCUCAGAGGGGGAGCUGGAGGAGGCCGAGGAGCUGCCGCGCUCACCACAGCCUGAACAUGGGCUGGACGGGGCCUUGGAACCCCCUCCACAGCCUCCGCCACCACCACCACCUGCUUCACGCCCUCGGUCCUCCCGGGCUGAGAGCGACCUGCUGGGUGAGGACUCCACCAGUCUUGUCUUGGAAGAUUUUGCUGAGUUACCAGGGUCAUUUAUGGACUAUGUGAGCGAAGGGGAGUAUAUGAAGUGAGGGUGCUCCCUGCACGGGCAUGCGUCACCCCAUGUGGCACCCCUGCCCUCUGAGAACCUCCGGAGCCACCUUCCUGCUCCCUGCAAAGGACGAGCUCCCCUGGCUCCCACGCAGACCCCCGAGCUCUAGGGAACAGCAGGCUGUUUGGAUCCCAAGCCCCACCUGGGGGGCGUGUGUACUCACACACCUUUCUGACCAGAUGGACACUCUGUAGAACGCACCAAAAUGUCUGCCUGCAUGGACACGAACACUCAGGAGCACAUUGAAGCACACGCGUGGGACUGCAGUGACCCUCCAGCACCUCCCACUCCACAAUGUUUGCUUCAACCUGCUGGCCCCAGGGUGAUUCCCUGGUUUGGUUUCUAGUCCUGCCUGUCCAGGGCAUGUCAGCAGGCCUGGUACCAUGGCACCGCAGUACGGCUGCAAGCAGCAUGAGCUGCUCACGGGAUCUGUGUUCCCUUUGAUUUAACGAUUCCAAUUAAAGACAGAGGAGAAGUUGGUGGUGUU